AUGUCAGAGAUGUACAGUGGUGUAACCUAUUUUCGUGGAUAUAAGACAGAAUUUAUUUUUAAAAACAUGAUAAUCAUGCAGUUGAAUAAGAAAGUAGCUGUAGUUGGUGGUGUUUUGUUUGUAUUGAUAUUGAUAGUGUUAUUUAAAAAAUCUUCCAUUUUUUCAUUUCACCAUGAAAGUGAAUUAAAAUGGAUGUCUUUAUCAGCAACAAAUGAAUAUACUCAGGAUUGGACCCAACAAAGAUGUUUAAAAGACAGGGUAGAGUUUAGAAUUAAGAAUUUAGCUGUGAUACAAGAUCAAUGGAAGCUAUCUACAGAUUCUUCUUGUGUGCAAUUGUACCAGAAGUUCUCUACAAUAUAUUUUAUUGAAAAAACACCAGCACCACUUGUCCUACCAGAAUCAUUUCAAGUUAAAGUUCGAAAGUGGCUGAAAAAUAAUGAAGAAUUAUUUAAAGAGGUUUACAAACAGGAAGUAACUCAAGUAGUUAAUGAAUGGACUAAAGAAAAUACAAUAUUUAAUCCAUUACGAGAAAAAAGACCCAUAUCAAAACCCACAGAACCUGAGAAAACAUAUGUAAAAAGGUUAGUAGAAGAAACAGCUAAAAAUUGUGAUUUCUGUAACUAUAAAGAAUUUACUGCAGCUGAUGUAUUUGGUAGACUAGAGUCCAAAUAUUCUUUUUCUGCUUCUAAUGCCUUUAAACUAGGAAAAUAUCAUGAAUUGUUUGCUCUUAAAACUCAUGAUCCUCAUAAUUGGAAUUUGACACAGUUUAUGGAUAUGAUGAAUUUAACUUUAAAAUGGUUUGAUGCAGCUCAUAGAGAUGAUUCAAGUUUUAAUUGUCCAGAGGUUAUCUGGGAUAUUUUACCACGAGCUGGAGCUAGUCAAGUUCAUCCACAUAUGCAUGGUUUACUUGGUAAAACCAGAUAUCAUGGUGAAACAGAUAAAUUAAAACAAGCAGCAAUAGAAUAUGAACGUAAAACAGGAUCUGAUUAUUUUACUGAUUUAAUCAAUGUACAUUCAGCUUUGGGAUUGGUUGUUCAUCAUAAAGAUGCUGUUGCCUUAGCUAACCUUACUCCUAAGAAAGAUCAUGAAGUUAUUAUUAUAGCCAGAAAACCUACUCUAGCUUUUUAUAAGAUGAUAUAUUUUGUAAUGAGAGCUUAUAUUGAUGAUUUAGAAAAAUUAGCAACCUCUAUGGGAAUUGGUCUACCACCCCUGGAUGGUUCAUCAUCCCUCCCAGCAUUUGCUCGUAUUGUAACAAGAGGUGCUGUUGCUGAAAUUAGAAGUGAUAUAAGUUCUUUAGAAUUAUUUUCUGCUGUAAAUGUAAAUAUAGACCCCUUCAAAGUUAUACAAGUUGUUAAACAAUCAAUAGAAAAACGAUCGUAAUGAAGGAGCAAGGACAAACUAAUUAUUACUUUUUUGUGUUUGUUAAAAAAAUUUGAAAACCUGGCACUUAUCUCUCUAUGUGGUUGUCUAUUUUAGGCUCCUAAUUUUAUCAUCCUAAAAGUAUCGUUCCUUUUUAAUUUUAAAAAAUUUUAUUGAACUGGUUGUAUCUCAUGAUUUUGACCUACAUAGAAGUGGCAGGUGUCGUGCUGACUCUUUUCGAAACACCUGAUAGUAAUUCUCAUUCAUACUAUACAAUUAUUGCUCCCAAUUUUGCCUUACUUCGGUCAAGAUUUGGUAAAUAGAAUGUUUUGCUCGUACCCCUAAAUCUUACUAAUUUGGCUUUAAAGGGAAAAGUGUAUUUUCUUACAGCUUUACUUAUUUAUUUUUGAAUUUUUUUUAUUUAUUGGAUAUUUGUUUUUUGAAGGAUUUCUCUGUAACUCUCUCAUUAUUAUAU